AUGUCCGACCAAGAACCCUCCCUCAACAUCCCUUCGCUUCUCACCCUCGCCGUCGUCUCCUUUUUCGUUUUCCGAUGGUUCUUUAACCGCGACAAUGAUUCCAGCUCUGGAGGCAACCGCCGUCGCGGGAAUGUGGUCGACCCAGCGCAGGUGGAGCAAAUAUCGCAGAUGUUCCCUCAGCUGAGCACGCGCGAUAUCAUGUGGGACUUGCAGCGGAAUGGUGGCAACGUUGCGGCCACGACGGAGCGCAUUUUGACAGGAAGGGGACUGGAGACGCCUCCCCCGUCAUUCCAACCCCAGAUUGCUAUUCCCUCUAGUAAUACUCCAGCAACGUCAACCCCCUCGACUUCGACGUCAAAAUUAGACAGCCAGGAUUUGAUCUCGCGGUAUAAUCUUCGCGCCAAGCUGGCUGAGGGCGACGACGCACAGUCCGCCCCCAACUCGUCGAGUGGAUGGUCGCAGAAUAAGGAGGAGCGUCAGCGCCUGUUGCAGAAACGCAGGGAUGACAUGAUCUUGGCCGCGCGCAAGAGAAUGAUGCAGAAGGUCCAGGAAUCGUCGUAG